AUGACAAGUGAAUCUAAAGAAGUUACUUUUACACUCGAAGAUCUUUACAAAGACGCACAAACUGUUUCUCGUGCCAACGAAACGAUUCGUCGUGUAUCGGACAACUUCAAAGACAAUUUCCAAAUAAUUCUGCAGUUGACACUUGCACUCUCUGGACUUCCCAUUGACAACAGUGAAACGGUAUUAUCAGAGGAGUACAUUGAGGAAAAGAGUUUCAAAGAUGUAGCAGACCGACUUGACAGUGAUUUAUUUAAAACGCCAACCAACAUACAAAUCACUGUUAAAAAGCUUUGGAAAGGCGUAUGGAAGAAUGUUUGUGGGGUCAUCAAAGAGAGUUCUUCAGACGAACGAAAGGAGUACGGAAAAGGUAUUAAAAGUGUACAUGAGAUCAUUUCAAGUCUGAGUCGGAGUGAAAUUAGAAAUGUCCGAUUAAGCUCUUCGUUGUGUUCUGUAGUGAUGUUUGAACAAUACAUCGAGACUUUAGAGUCGUUGAACACAAGAGAGAAGGUCGUGAAGCGAUCGAAGAAUAAAAAGACGAAGAACGAAGAACUCGAUCGCCUCGACAAAGCGAUUAACCACGUCACUAAACUCAUUGCACAUAUUCGAACAAAUGUGUUAUAUCCGCGAUGCUAUGAUGUGUCACGAGACAUCCGUAAAGUCGCGUGUGAGACUGUUUUAAAUGAUUUCAACGAGGAAUACGACGAGAAGGUUGCGAUUGUGAAAGACCUCUUAUUUGAUGACGACAGUCAUGUGAGAAAAGCAGUGACUUCGGUGCUCAUCACAGCAUUUGCAAACACCACAUCUCCACCAGAAGACAUUUACGUUGAACUGGCAAAAUCAGUGAAAGACAGAAUCGUGGAGAUGAGACUUGACGCCGAUGUUGAUACUGCGAAGAGCGCGAUUGAGUUAUGUUCGAAACUGGAUGAGUGGGGACUGAUAACAGAAGCUGAUAGAAAGGAGAUGUACAGAAUGUUGUGUGACCGGUCGAGUAAAAUAAGAAAACAGACUGCCUUAUACCUUGCAACGUUUUUGAAACGACGUGUUGAAGCGUUUCUGAAGGGGAAGCGGCAGUUUGUAGUGAAAGAUAAGGAGAAGUUGCGGUUUGUAUUAAUUGUCCGGUUACUUAUUGAGAUGGUGGAGAAAGAGACCGACCUUCCGAAGUUCAGUUAUUAUGCUCUUGAAUAUUUAAUAGCGGAGUUUGAAGAGUUUUCGAAUGUGGGAUUGUUGGUCGACUUCUUGUGUUCGAAAGAGAGUCUUGCGUUGUUUGAAACUGAAGAUGCGAAAUUAUAUGAAGGGCAUGAGAAUGUCCUUCUUGGGAUGUUGUUGAGUAAAGUGAUGAGAAAUGGACGAAAGACGAUGACUGUAGAUGAAGUACUUGAAAAAAUGAGUAAUGUGGAGAAGAAGAAACAACAAGAAGACUAUUUGGAUGUGAGUGAAGUAGUGAUUUCGAGACUGGAUGAGAUCUAUCAAAGUGUCGAGAGUGAUAUUGAGGAAGUUUCUAUUCUUAUGGUCAUCUUGAGGAACAUUGAAAAAGAGACGAUAUUGACUGAAAACAAUUUAGAGAGAUUAAAGAAUGUGCUCAAGCUUGUGAGUGUGAAAAUACGAGAGGGCGACGCAUCGUUGACACACAACUACUUUGCUGUUCUGAGUGAUUUCAAUAUUGGCGAUUAUCCCCAAUUACAGCAAGUUGUUAGCAGUGUUAUCAACGAUGAUAUGAAUGUAUUAUGUACUGUUAUUCUUGAUGAUGGCAUGAAUGAUGAAACCAUUGAAAUCAAAGACGAGAUUGGGUUAGAGAUAAUAUACCAAUACAUCAAAGUCGAUUCACUUCCAUUGUUGCGAGAGCGUGUUUUAAAAUUAAGUGACAGAGUGUUACACAUUGAUGAAUUAAAGAAAGAGCACUUCAUUGUAUUACUCACAUUGAUGUAUGUCUUAGUGUGGGACAAGGUUGAGAAUCAGACUUCGAAUGUAUUUACAGUGAAAGACUAUUUUAAUGUAUUAUAUGGCAUCUCCCAGAAGAAGUUUGAAAAGGACAACGACGCGUUCAUCUUCUUUGGUGUUGUAUGCGAGAGUUACUUUCUUCUCAACACACAAAUCCCCGAUCUCAAAAUUCGUGUGGAGAGUAUUAUCGACAAUUUUGCUAUUGAGUGCAACACUCGUAAAUUUUUCAAAGCUCCCGUCUUGGAAGAUUUAGUUGGUGCGUAUGAUUUUUGGCCAAUAGAUGCGUUGUCCUCUGCUUUAUCAGUCGUUACAUUUAAUAAGAAAGUAGUGACUGAUAUAUCGGAGAUGCUCCCCAAAAUGGGUCCAGACGUUGCUGCCAAGUUGAAGAAACAGAUAACUUCACAGUUAAAUCAACCACAGCCACAAGCCAUGGAAUUAGAAGACGAUCCCAUUGAAAAUUGA